CUGGGAAUUCUCCCAGGGAAAGCCUGGAAAUGGAGAGCUUCUACACAAGAUUCAGUGCCUGGACACCUUUUAUGAACAAGUCAUUAAAUCAACAGCUCUUUCAGGAAAGAGUUGCUCUUAUAAGUCAUUGGUUUGACCUUUGGACUAACAAGCAACGUCAAGAAUUCUUAUUCACAAUUUUUUUACGAUGCACUAAAUCACAAUUAAGGGUUGUCCAAGACUGGUUUUCAGAAAGGAUGCAAGUGGCCAAAGUGGAUUUCUCUACAGUGUUACCACGCUUCAUUUCUCUAUAUAUCUUUUCCUUUUUGAAUCCAAAAGAUUUGUGUGCAGCUGCACAAGUCAGCUGGCCCUGGAAAUUUUUAACUGAACAGGAUUGCUUAUGGAUGCCCAAAUGCAUUAAGUUCGGAUGGUUUCUGCCCUACACACCAGCAGAUAAUGAGUAUGCUGCUUGGAAGCACCAUUACAUUGCUUGUGUGUCCAGCUUAGAUUGGCUGACCCCUAGGGAAGCCGCAGCUGUUUAUGGGACCCUGAAUGAACCCAAAACGGAAGAGGAGGAGCUACAGGAGAGGCACAGAGAAAAGUGCCUGAGGAAAAUAAUUUGGGAGAAAAUUGUACUACGUAAGAAGGAGUUGUUCAAAGUUCGACCCCCUUGGGUGAGUGGAACACGCUGCUCUAGGUUGCUCAGAUCCAAAUGCCAACCACGUCUCUCCCAGACUGUGAGGGAUCGAGUGGGAUUACACGAGACUUUGGAGAAACAGCUUGUUUUGGCAUCUUUAGAAGCUUUGCCCAAGCGAAGCAAUGUUUCUGGAUGCCAUUCCUACUCUUUAUUAUCAAAGAAAAGUUGGCGUGGAGUUUAUAAAAAUGGCGGCAGCUCUUCACAUGCUCUCCAGCCACACUUCAUAUUAAUAUCAUCUCGGAUUCCGGCAUAUGAGAUGGUGGUGAACAGUGUUAGAGCAGGUAUCAUUUCUGUGGUGUAUGAACACAGCAGCCUAACAUUGGAGAGCCUACUUUAUCUCAUAGAAAAAGCUCUGGAUGGGCAGAAGGCACAGAGUAUGGGAAUAUUUAGUGAUGGAAAUAGCAGAGAAAUCAAUUUACUCCGAGGCUAUAAAAUUGGUAUUAAAAAUUUACUGAGGCCUGAAGUGAGAGACUUCUGGGAGAAAUUAGGAAGCUAUGUGGCCCCUGAAGAAGAAGGCGGCCACGUGGACCUCUUUGUACCACUUGGAGCAUCAGAGGCAGGAAUAGAAGUUCUUUCUCAGCUGUCUCAACUGACUGGCACGUUAUUUACCGCCCCCACUGGGAUUGCCACCGGCUCGUACCAACACAUUCUUAGUGAUUGGCUGGGACGACAGUGGGAAAGGGCGCCCCCUUCCAUCUACUUCAGUGACUCAAAGCUGCAGAUGUGGUCCAGCCUCACCGACUUCCUGGAACACACCUUGAAAUCAGUAAGGAAACAACUAAGUCCUCUCUUCAAGGAGUUGCAGAAGAAUGUCAGUGGCAGGAUGAUAGGGCAAUUUGUAUUUGACACCAUGAGUAUGGCUAACAUUCUGAACAACCAAGAAAUUAUACAAGCUCUGGCGGAUAGAUUGCUAGAACUUUCGAAAGAAAAUUCUGACAACCCGCUGGAAUUUUUGUCAUAUUUUCUGCUGAAGAAAUGUAUUAAAAAGAGCAAAGAUUUUGAAGGAAAUGUUAUUCUGACAAAAAGCGACCCAAAGGCAACAUGCAGUGUACUCACAAAGGAAAGAAGUGUUAUGGAAGAUAAUCCUCAGGACACAAAAUCAAGUCUCAGCAAAAAUGACCCAUGUUUUGAGUUGCUGGUUAAGCUGGAGAGAAAGCUGCAGGUGGACUCGGCCGAGAUGCGAACCAGAGUCGUCAGGGAGCUCUUACAGAGCGAGAGGAAAUAUGUGCAGGUGCUGGAAAUUGUGAGAGAUGUUUACGAAAGGCCACUGAGAGCAGCACUGUCAUCAAACAGAGCAAUUCUGAGUGCUGCAAAUAUCCAGAUCAUUUUUUCUGAUAUUCUGCGAAUUCUCUGUCUUAAUAGGCAGUUUCUGGAUGACCUGAGAGCCAGACUACAGGAAUGGGGGCCCGCUCACUGCGUGGGAGAAAUAUUCAUAAAGUUUGGAAGCCAGCUGAACACAUACACCAACUUCUUCAACAAUUAUUCUGUUGUUCUGAAAACUAUUGAGAAGUGCAGAGAAAUGAUACCAGCAUUCCGAGCUUUUCUGAAGAGGCAUGAUAAGACCAUUGUUACCAAGAUGCUGAGCCUUCCGGAGCUGCUGUUGUACCCAUCCCGGAGGUUUGAAGAAUAUGUGCAUCUUCUCUACGCUCUGAGACUUCACACUCCUGCAGAACAUGCUGACCGUGGGGACUUGACCACUGCCGUUGACCAAAUCAAAAAAUACAAAGGUUACAUAGAUCAGAUGAAGCAGAACAUCAAUAUGAAAGAUCAGCUGUCAGACAUACAGAGAAUCAUUUGGGGGUGCCCUUCUCUGUCAGAAGUAAACAGAUAUCUGAUUAGGGUCCAAGAUGUAGCCCAACUUCACUGCUGCAAUGAGGAAAUAAGUUUAUCUUUAAGGCUCUAUGAACAUACCCAUGAUCUCAGUCUUUUCCUCUUCAAUGAUGCACUGCUUGUUUCUAGUCGGGGGACGUCUCAUAUUCCAUUUGAAAGGACUUCAAAAUCAACCUACCAGUUCAUUACAUCGGUGGCCCUUCAAAGGUUAUUCAUAGAAGAUAUUCCAGAUUCCAAAUAUAUCAAGAAUGCAUUUAUUCUUCGAGGUCCAAAACACGAAUGGAUUUGUGCUACAGAAGCUGAGGAUGAUAAAUUCCUAUGGUUGAUGGUACUGCAAAAUGCCAUAGAAAGUAGUAUUGCAAAGUGAGCCUGGACUUAAAACCCCAGGGGUGCCAAUCUGCCCUGGCAAAGACAGACAGC